AGCAGCAGCUCAUUCAAAGCACAGCUGUACCAGUUCCACUGAGGAGCCUCAUCCAUCUACCAUGUCUUCUCAUAGCAGCAUUCUUCUACUCGUCACGCUUUGGGCUUCAGUACAGGAAGGUCUGGGUUUACCGGUGAUGAAACAGCUGGACGUUGAGGCCGCCGACAGCAUUGCAGCACAUCCUGUGAGGACCAAGCGCUGCGCGUGCAGCAACCUUCUGGACUCAGAGUGCCACUACUUCUGCCACCUGGAUAUCAUCUGGGUCAACACACCCGGUAAGACAACAGUUUAUGGUCUGGGCAGUCCUUUGACGAGACGCAAAAGGUCCAUUGGACGCUGCACCUGCGCCAAUCCUGGCGACCAAACCUGCACCGGCUUCUGCCACCUCAGCCCGGAAAUCAAGCCUGUGAAGAGCCAGCAACGCCACAUUCUCAGCAUCCUCAGAACCGUAGCCCGCAGGUCAAAGAGAGCUCUGGACGCACGUCACUCCAAGGCAAACCAGUCCUCUGGGGCCAAGGGGAAGAGCACUCGCUAAACUGUGCGGCUGCUGAGGCAGAGAGAAAGAGAGAGGCGAGCACCUGAACAAAUUACACUCCUUGGCUAGAGAGGAGCUAAACAAAGGGCUGCUGAAAGACCUGUCCGACGCUGGGCGGCCGAUGCACCACAACGACGUCUGUUUGUGCCAGCGGACAGGAGGCGGAAACCUUUAUGGACUUCUGCAGACACAUAACUGAAACAGAGCUGGAGGAUCAGAACUGAUUGAAGCCGUUAUCGGGUUAAUGUUUGACUCGGGCUGUCUGGUCUGUGAGAGUCUUCGCAAACUGUACUGGUGUCAUAAGCCAGGGCAGGAUCGACUGAGAAGGAUGUAUGGAAAGGAAUGGAAAGGAAAGAAAGACUGCGCAUAAAAGCAGAGGAAUUUUCAUCAUAUUCAGUUUGAUUUUGUAUUUAUUAUUCUAUUACUAUGAUAUAUUGACAGAUUUGUUGUUUAUUGUAAUCACACAAAAUGACCUUUACCGGGACCAUAUAUGAGGGAUUUUAACUUAACUUUGGUGACAUGUUAAAUAUAAGUUUUAAGUUUUGUAGAUUAAUAGAAGUUUCUGUGUAAAUGAGUGCUGUGUCCGAUAAAAAAUAAAUAAAUAAAUAAUAAAACCUGAA